AUGGGAUCUUUGUCCUCUCCGGAAUAUGAUGCCAUCAUCGUCGGUGGUGGCUUCGCCGGAUGUUACACCCUUGACCAACUCCGAAAGGCUGGAUUCAAGACCCUGGUGAUCGACGACGCAGCCGACCUUGGCGGUGUAUGGUACUGGAACUGCUAUGCAGGAGCACGUGUCGACACACCUGUGCCUCUCUAUGAGUUCUCUGAAGAAGAGAUCUGGAGACCAUGGACUUGGUCCGAGAAGUACCCUGGAAGAGAAGAGAUUCGAGACUACUUCCAGCACGUAGAGUCCAAGCUACAUCUCAAGAAGGACGUCAUGUUCAACACUCGUGUUGUCAGUGCCGACUUUGAUAAGAUGGGAUCCCACUGGAACAUCACCACUGGCGACAAGUCCGUCUUGACCGCCCGAUACUUCAUUCUCUGCACUGGUUUCGCGGCAAAGCCAAAUAUCCCAGAUUUCAAGGGCCUUGAGUCUUUUGCAGGCGUCUCGUGUCAUACCUCGAAGUGGCCCCAGGAGGGAAUUGAUUUCAAAGGAAGGGGAGUCGGUGUCGUUGGCAACGGCUCGAGCGGCCUCCAAGUCAUUCAGGAGAUUGCCCCAGAAGUCGACCACCUGACUGUGUUCCAACGCAGCCCAACCUACGCUCUUCCGAUGAGACAGACUCCUCUUUCUAUCGAAGACCAAAAGAAGGAGACCUAUAAGGAGCUUUACGAGCUUCGCAAGAACACUUUCGCGAUUCUCGACUUUGAGUUCAACCCCCAGGCCUGUGCCGGCACCACCGCGGAGGAGCGCCAGGCAUUCUUCGAGAAGAUUUGGGCAAAGGGUGGACUCUCUUUUUGGUUGGGUACCUAUCAGGAUGUUAUUAGGAACAGAGAAGCCAACCAACACGCCUACGAAUUCUGGCGCAGCAAGGUCUUGGAACGCGUCCAUAAGCCCGCGAUGCAGGAGCUUCUUGCCCCGGAGAAGCCACCAUACUACUUCGGAACCAAGCGAGCUACCCUCGAGCAGAGAUACUACGAGGUCUACAACCGCGACAACGUAGACUUGAUCGACACCAAGGCAAAUGCCAUUUCGGAGGUUGUCCCCGACGGCGUCUUCACAGCCGAUGGUGAGCUGCACAAGUUCGACGUUCUCAUUCUUGCUACCGGCUUUGACUCCGUUACUGGAGGUAUCUUGGCGAUCGAUAUCAAGGGCGAGAAUGGCCAGUCACUGAAGGAGAAGUGGGCGAAGGGCACGACGACGCAUCUUGGAAUGAUGACCGCUGGGUUCCCCAAUGCACUGUUCGUCUACGGACCACAGGGUCCGACAUCGUUCUGCAACGGGCCUACGUGUGCUGAGCUCCAGGGUGGUUGGAUUCGUGACACGCUUAUUCACCUACGCGAGAAUGGUAAACGCUACAUCGACCCUCGUCCGGAUGUCGAGCAAGAGUGGCGAGAUCUGGUCAACCGUAUUGGAGACGAUACACUGCUGCCUCAGACCAAGUCUGAGUACAUGGGAACCAACAUUCCAGGAAAGCCCAAAGAGAUGCUCAACUUCCUGGGUGGCGUGGUUGAGUAUACUCGACGCAUCAAUGACUCGCUCAACACGGGCCUCAAGGAUUUCGUUGUCCAGUAA